CAUGUCCUCGAUGGCUCAGAUAGAAAAAGACAGUGGGCUCCGUUUGACUUGUAGAGGAUUUGUUUCACCGCGCUGCCUCUGAGGACUCAGCUAUAUAUAUGUAUGUGAAUAUUGUGUUGUAUUUAAAGACAGAAAGACAGAGAGACAUUGACACAGACUCCGUGUCUUUACCCGCGAAGAGGAAACGCUAUAAUGUUUAUAAUUAGACGCUGAAACAAUUGGCGGCGGCGCAGCGCUGGCUUGUGUCGAGGCUCAGCGGAAAUCAGAGGGUGUUUUCUGUCAAACACACGCAGACAGAGACACGGACAGAGACGGAGACAGAGAAGCAGCAUCGAUGCGCUUCACUUCCACUGCGGCCGGCGUUUGAGGAGACAAACAACUACAGCGUCCAGAUGAUGUCAGGGAAGCAUUUCAAGGCUCACGAAGUGAGCUGCUGCAUCAAGUACUUCAUCUUCGGAUUCAACAUCAUAUUCUGGUUCCUUGGAGUGGCAUUCCUUGGCAUUGGGUUGUGGGCAUGGAGCGAGAAGGGCGUCCUCUCCAACAUCUCGUCCAUCACAGAUUUGGGGGGUUUCGACCCAGUCUGGCUCUUCCUUGUUGUCGGCGGUGUGAUGUUCAUCCUUGGAUUUGCUGGUUGCAUCGGAGCACUCCGAGAAAACUCCUUCCUGCUCAAGUUUUUCUCCGUGUUCCUGGGUAUUAUCUUCUUCCUGGAGCUGACUGCAGGAGUCCUGGCCUUUGUCUUCAAAGACUGGAUCAAGGACCAGCUCAACUUUUUUAUUAACAACAACAUUCGGGCGUACAGGGACGAUAUUGACCUGCAGAACCUGAUAGACUUCACCCAGGAAUAUUGGGAGUGUUGCGGAGCAUUCGGAGCCGAUGACUGGAAUUUGAACAUAUACUUUAACUGCACUGAUUCAAACCCAAGUCGAGAGAAAUGUGGAGUUCCCUUUUCUUGUUGCACCAAAGAUCCAGCGGAGGACGUCAUCAACACUCAGUGUGGAUACGACAUCCGAGCAAAGACGGACUCGGAGCAGCGGACGUUCAUUUAUAUCAAAGGUUGUGUUCCACAGUUUGAGAAAUGGCUUCAAGACAACCUGACAGUAGUGGCAGGGAUCUUUAUUGGUAUAGCAUUACUACAGAUUUUCGGCAUCUGUUUAGCCCAGAACCUUGUUAGUGACAUUGAAGCUGUGAGAGAGAGCUGUUUGUUUACCUAAGAUCUCCACGGAGUCACCAAAGGCCAGAAGGAUGUACCAGGACUCUGCAGUUUGGACACCAGCAAUGAAGUGUGUCCAUGAAGAGGAGUCUCAUUCAUGUGUACAUAAUAAAUAUUAGAGUUAUUUUUAGAGUUA